CCAUUAAAGAAAAACAAACUCAAACAUAAAAGAAAUCAUAUGAUAGAACAUGGUUGUAGCAAUAGCUUGCUGAGAAGCUGCUUAUAUAAAGUAUAGUAGCUAGGUUGAUAGAACAUUGUUUCAUGGAAGGAGCAUUUGGUCCAGUGCUUUAUAUUUCAUGGGUGAUUCUUCUUUUACUGCUUCUCUCCAGCUGCUCUGUUCACUCACGAACAAUCGUGAAAAGCCUUCCAGGGUUCGAUGGUCCUCUCCCAUUUAAACUCGAAACUGGGUACGUCGGGAUAGGAGAAAAUGAUGACAUACAAAUAUUUUACUAUUUUGUGGAGUCGGAGAGGAACCCUAAGCAAGAUCCCCUCAUAAUAUGGAUUCCCGGUGGUCCGGGUUGUUCUUCUUUCCGGGCAUUUUUUUAUGAAAACGGUCCUCUUCAAUUUGACUACAUGAAGUCGAGAGGUGGAAAGCCGGUGGUGCAGUUGAGCCCAUAUUCGUGGUCAAAGAUUUCAAGUGUAUUAUAUUUAGACACACCAGUUGGGAGUGGAUUUUCAUAUGCCAAAACAUCAAAUGGCACCAAAACAAGUGACACAUUAUCAUCCCAGCAUGUCUAUGAUCUUGUGAGAAAGUGGUUAAAUGAUCAUACCGAAUUUAUGAGCAACCAAGUGUACAUUGGUGGCUUAUCGUACUCCGGUAUACUUAUUCCGAUCAUCACUCAAGAGAUCUUCAAUGGUAACGAAGUUGGAAAUAAGCCGCAAAUUAAUAUCAAAGGAUACUUGAUUGGCAAUCCUCUCACCGACAGAAUUAUAGAUUUCAAUUCCAGGAUCCCAUAUGCAUACAGAGUUGCAUUGUUAUCUCGACAACUCUACAUGUCGGUCAAACAACAUUGUUCCGGUGACUACAUGAAUUCGGGGAAUGUUUUAUGUGCAAGAGACCUCGCGAGGGUGGAUGAGUGUCUGGAAGACAUAUAUGAACACCACAUAUUAGAACCUAGUUGUGAAUCAUCAGAGAAUGCAGCUUCAAGCCCCCUAUUAUUGCAUCAGUCGUCAGAUCCAUGGUGUCGAGAUGACAAUUAUGUCUUCAGUGUUAUUUGGGCUAAUAAUGAAGAUGUGCAAAGAGCUCUCGGCAUCCGUGAGGGGACAAUAAAUGACUGGGAGCAAUGCAACACAGAUCACUAUUUGUUUGGGAAAAAUGAUACCGACACUUAUUCAUAUAACAUUGCAAGUUCGAUCAUUUAUCACAUGAACUUGACCAAUAAAAAUUGUCGAGCUCUUAUAUACAGUGGCGAUCAUGACAUGGUAUUUCCUCAUAUUGGCACGGAAAGAUGGAUAGAUUCUUUGAAUCUGGCAGUGGAAAGUACAUGGCAACCUUGGUUUGUUGAACAUCAAGUAGCAGGAUAUGAGUCGAUAUAUUCACAUAAAGAUUAUUCUUUGACAUUCACUACCAUUAAGGGUGCAGGGCAUACGGCUCCAGAAUAUAAGCCUAAAGAAUGUUUAGCUAUGGUGGAGAGAUGGUUCUCCCAAAAUUCUCUCAGGGUGCAGGGCAUACGGCUCCAGAAUAUAAGCCUAACGAAUGUUUAGCUAUGGCGGAGAGAUGGUUCUCCCAUAAUUCUCUCAGGUGGCUUUAGUUAUUUUCUGGUGUUUGACAUCUUAUUAAUAAAAAAUAAAACCGUACUUUUUAGAAAAUUAUAUUUGUAUGCCUUUUAAAUUACACUGCUGUAUUAUAUAGACUAUUAUUGACUGUGAAAAGAAUGUAUGAAUUGUAUGUGAUAAAUAAUUAAUUAUAAUAACUUAUAAUCCGUUUGAUGUA